AUGGCAGACCCCGUGGCGGGCAUCGCUGGCUCCGCAGCCAAGAGUGUGCGGCCGUUCCGCUCAAGCGAGGCCUACGUGGAGGCCAUGAAGGAGGACCUGGCCGAGUGGCUCAACGCCUUGUACGGCCUGGGUCUGCCCAGCGGUGGCGACGGCUUCCUGACGGGGCUGGCCACGGGCACCACUCUGUGCCAGCAUGCCAAUGCCGUCACCGAGGCCGCCCGCGCCAUGGCUGCUGCCCGGCCUGCCCGCGGGGUGGCCUUCCAGGCUCACAGCGUGGUGCCGGGCUCCUUCAUGGCCCGAGACAACGUGGCCACCUUCAUCGGCUGGUGCCGUGCGGAGCUGGGUGUGCCCGAAGUGCUCAUGUUCGAGACGGAGGACUUGGUGCUGCGCAAGAACGAGAAGAGCGUGGUGCUCUGCCUGCUGGAGGUGGCGCGGCGCGGGGCCCGCCUCGGCCUGCUGGCCCCUCGUCUCGUGCAGUUCGAGCAGGAGAUUGAGCGGGAGCUGUGCGCCGCGCCCCCAGCCCCCAACGCCCCCAGUGCGGGGGAGGACACCGCCGAGACCACCGCCCCGGGAGCUCCAGCCCGUGCGCGCAUGACGCCCAGCGACCUGCGCAACCUCGAUGAGCUGGUGAGGGAGAUCUUGGGGCGCUGCACCUGCCCAGACCAGUUUCCCAUGAUCAAGGUCUCGGAGGGGAAGUACCGCGUGGGAGACUCCAGUCUGCUCAUCUUUGCGAGGGUGCUGAGGAGCCACGUGAUGGUGCGUGUGGGAGGCGGCUGGGACACGCUGGAGCACUACCUGGACAAGCACGACCCCUGCCGCUGCUCCUCCGCGGCCCACCGCCCGCCCCAGCCCAGGACGCGCACCUUCUCCCCGCAGCGAGUGUCACCCAGCCCCAGCCCCCGAGCUGGCAGCCCAGCCCCAGGGGGGGAGCGCCGGGGCUCCCGCCCAGAGGUGACACCCAUUGGCUUACGCAGCUGGAAGGAGGGGCCCGAGACCCCACUCAGGGUCCGGGACCAGCUGCCCCCCCAUCCCCGCUCCCGCCGUUACUCUGGGGACAGCGAUUCCUCAGCCUCCUCGGCCCAGAGCGGCCCCCUUGGUGCCCGCAGUGAAGACUCAGGCACUGGCCCCCGGAGGGAGCGUCCCAGCCGGCGUGUGACCACGGGCACCCCGGCCUCCCCGAGACGGCCUCCCGCCCCACGCAGCCAGUCCCGGGACCGGCUGGAUCGGGGGCGGCCGCGUGGGGCCCCAGGAGGCAGGGGAGGCCAGCUAUCCGCCCCCAGCCCUGCCCGGCGGGCCCGGAGUCAGAGCCGUGAAGACCAGGCAGUGCUACUGGUGCGUCGGGACCGAGAUGGACAGCACUCCUGGGUGCCGCGGGGCCGAGGCAGUGCGGGCUCGGGCAGAAGCAGUCCCCAUACUCCCCGUGCCCACAGCCCUGCAGCUCCCAGGGUCCCCAGCCCCAGUCCAGAGUUGAGCACAAUCCCGGCCAGUGUCUUCCGCACACCCUUGAAGCUUGACCCAAAGCAGGAACAGCAACUGUUUCGGCGCCUGGAAGAGGAGUUCCUGGCCAACGCCCGAGCCCUUGAGGCUGUUACUGGUGGGACCCCCAGUGGACCAGCCCCUGACCCAAUUCGGGCCCCAGACCCUCCAGCUCCUGACUCAGCCUACUGUUCCUCCAGCUCCUCUUCUUUGUCCCUCAGCGUCCUGGGUAGCAAGUGUGGGCAACCCGGGGACUCUGGCAGGAUGGCCAAUGGGCUGCCUGGGCCCCGAGGCCCAGCCCUGUCCAGCUCUUCCGAUGAGGGCAGCCCCUGCCCCGGUGUAGGGGGCCCACCAGAUGCUCCGGGGAGUCCUCUGACCGGCCCAGAGCCCCUGAGGACCUGGGCACGAGGCCAGAUGGACACACAGCCAGACCGAAAACCCUCACGCAUCCCCACACCAAGGGGCCCCCGCCGCCAACCCGGACCCACGGGGUCCGGGACCUGGCAUGCCCUUCACUCAGUCAGCCCAAGGACCGAGCCGGAUUCCUGGAUGUGACGGACCAGCCCAGCUGCCCCCAGUCCCCUGUUCCCUCUCUCCUUUUCCUUUGUGGCCUUAACCCCUCUGCAUCAGGGAGUGCCCCUGCCUCUUGGGGACCAGACCUCAUGGGACCAGACCCCUCGGGACCACAUGGCACAAUGGGACUUCUGGUGUACAUUCCGCUUGGGGGAUGAGCAUUGCUAUUUAAUUACUAAUAUUAUUGAAUGCCUUAGAGGAGGCUGGGCCAGCCCAGUAAGGACCCUUCCUGAGGUCCCGUGGCCCUGCAGAGCCUGACAGUAAAGUUUUCUUCUAGCUAAAAAAAAAA